GAUGUCGACGCACCCUGGCCCGGCCGCGGCCGCCUGCCGGUGGAGCAGCGAGGCUGGCAACGACACCCGUUCGGCGGACUGCGCCCUCCGCGUCCUGGAUCCCACGGCGAUCGUCACCCUGGCGCCGUCCCUCGACGGCGCGCUCAAGCUGCGGAUCCGCUGCAGCGACGUCCACCACUUCGAGAGCAGCUUCAACGCGCAGAGCUGGCAGCGGCUGACCGGCCUGCACGAGCUGCACGUGCACGGCUGCAAGGUGCUGCGCGUCCCGGAGGACGCGUUCCAGCCGCUGCCGGACCUCAAGCGGCUCGUCGUGCAGACGUUCAACGCCGUCUGGGGUGCCGCGAGGUAUCUGGAAUUCGCGCCGAGCUCGCUCCGGGGCCUACGCGAGCUCCACACGCUGGAGAUCGUCGAGAGCAACGUGCUGGAGCUGCCGCCCCGACUGCUCUGCGAGCUGGACAAUCUGCAGACCCUCAAUCUCACCGGCAAUCGUAUCCGCGACGUCGACAACGUCGGGCUGACGGUGCGCGCCGACGUCAACGGCGCGGCCUGCCGCGCGGACAUACGAAUUCUCGAUCUGUCGCGCAACGAGAUACGGCAAUUGCUCGACGACGGGCCGCUGGUGGGCUUGCGGCAGCUGCAGGAGCUGCACCUGCAGCGCAACGCGAUCACCGAGAUCGGCAGGAACGCCCUGCACGGGCUCACCGUGCUGCGUACGUUCAACGCCAGCCACAACGCCCUGGACUCGCUGCCCGAGGACCUGUUCAAGACGACGCGCGACUUACGGGAGAUACACCUGGCGUACAACGGCCUACGCGAUCUGCCGCGGGGCGUCUUCACCCAGCUGGAGCAGCUGCUGGUGCUGAAUCUCGCCAACAACCGCCUCGGCAGCGAUCACGUUGACGAGACCACUUUCCUCGGUCUGAUCCGCCUGAUCGUGCUCGACCUCUCGUACAACCAGCUGACGCACAUCGACGCGCGUAUGUUCAAGGAUCUGUUCUUCCUGCAGAUCCUCGACCUGCGCAACAACUCGAUCGACCGUAUCGAGAGCAACGCCUUCCUGCCGCUCUACAAUCUCCACACGCUCGAGCUCUCCGACAACAAGCUCCACACUAUAGGCGCGCAGCUCUUCAACGGUCUGUUCGUGUUGAAUCGCCUGACCAUGUCCGGCAACUCGAUCUCGAGCAUCGACGCGAUGGCGUUUCGCAACUGUUCCGACCUCAAGGAGCUCGAUCUCAGCGGCAACGAGCUCACCGCCGUGCCGGACGCGUUGCGCGACCUCGCCUUCCUCAAGACCCUCGACCUGGGCGAGAACCGUAUCAGCGAGUUCCACAACGGCUCCUUCCGUAACCUUCAUCAGCUCACCGGUCUGCGUCUGAUCGGCAACGACGUCGGCAAUCUGACGCACGGUAUGCUCUGGGACCUGCCGAAUCUGCAGAUACUCAACCUGGCACGGAAUAAGGUGCAACACGUGGAGAGGCACGCGUUCGAACGUAACGUGAAAUUGGAGGCCAUCCGCCUGGACGGCAACUUCCUGUCGGACAUCAACGGCGUGUUCACCAGCAUCACCAGCCUGCUGCUGCUCAAUCUAUCGGAGAAUCACAUAGAGUGGUUCGAUUACGCCUUCAUACCUGUCAAUCUCAAAUGGCUCGACAUCCACGGCAACUACAUCGAGAGUCUCGGCAACUACUACAAGAUUCGCGACUCCAAGGUGAAGACUCUGGACGCAAGUCACAAUCGCAUCACCGAGCUCUCGCCGUUGUCCGUGCCGGACAGCGUGGAGCUGUUGUUUAUCAACAACAACUACAUCAGCACCGUGCGAUCGAACACGUUCGCCGACAAAGUCAAUCUCACCCGGGUGGACAUGUACGCGAACAUGAUCGAGACGAUGGAACUGACGUCGCUGCUGCUGACCAAGGUGCCGGAGAACAAGCCGCUGCCGGAGUUCUACAUCGGCGGUAACCCCUUCAACUGCAACUGCUCGAUGGACUGGCUGCCGGCCAUUAAUAAUCAAACGUCAACGAGGGAGUAUCCGCGCGUCAUGGACCUCGACAACGCCAUGUGCCGUACCUCCGGGCCGCGGGGAGUCGCCAUCGUCCCGGCGUCGAGCGCGCGCUCGGAGCAAUUCCUCUGCCGCUACGAGGCGCAUUGUUUCGCCCUCUGCCACUGCUGCGACUUCGACGCCUGCGACUGCGAGAUGACCUGCCCGGCCGGCUGCAAGUGUUACAACGACCGCACGUGGAACACGAACGCGGUCGAUUGCUCGGGUCUCGGGGUCGAGGAGAUACCGCGUAGGAUACCGAUGGACGCCACCGAGGUCUACCUGGACGGCAACGUGUUGCGAGAGUUGCAGAACCACGUGUUUAUCGGCCGCAAGAACAUGCGCGUGCUGUACGUCAACGCAAGCGGCAUCGAGUCCAUCCAGAAUCGGACUUUCAACGGCCUCAACAACCUGCAGAUUCUACAUCUCGAGGACAAUCGGAUACGCGAGCUCAAGGGCUUCGAGUUCGAGCGGCUGUCGCACCUGCGCGAGCUCUACCUGCAGAACAACGUCAUCGGCUUCAUCGGUAACCUGACGUUUCUGCCGCUGCGAUCGCUCGAGAUCCUCAGGCUGCACGGCAAUCGGCUGGUAACCUUCCCGGUCUGGCAGGUCACCUUGAACGCACGAUUGGUCGAGCUGUCGCUCGGCGGCAAUCCAUGGUCGUGCCGCUGCAAGUUCUUGCAGGAACUGUCUUCUUGGGUGUCGGACAACGCGCACAAGGUGAUCGACGCCGGCGACGUGUGGUGUUACUACGGCGGCGACGCCAGGCCUUCUUACCGGCGUCGUCUGAACGUCAACGAGACCGCCUGCUCGGACUACUUCUCGCAAGGCGGUGUCAUCGAGAGCAUCAUGGUGUCGGACUACCUGCCGUUGGUGGCCGCCACUCUCUCGGCCAUUAUCGUUCUCCUGGUGAUCAUAGUACUCGCCUUCGUGUUCCGCGAGCCGGUCGGCGCCUGGGCUUACUCCAAGUACGGAUUGCGAUUCUUGCGGACGAAGUCGGGCAAGGCCGCGACGACGGCGAGCAUGGGCCCCGCGGCCGCGAUGGCCGUGGGCUGCUGCGACGCCGAUCGCGAUCGUCUCUACGAUUGUUACGUGUGCUACAGUCCGAACGACGAGGACUUUGUUCUGCACUCGCUGGCGGUCGAGCUGGAGCACGGCGCGGCCGGCUUAAGACUCUGCCUCCAUCAUCGGGACUUGCCCUGCGUGCUGCGCGCCUCCGCGCCCGCGCCGGCCGUCCUCGAGGCGGUGGAUGCCUCCCGACGCGUGUUGAUCGUGCUCACCCGCGAUUUCCUUCAGACCGAGUGGUCGCGCUUCGAGUUCCGCGCAGCGCUGCACGAGGCACUGCGCGGCCGUGCCUCCCAGCUGAUCGUCAUCCAAGCCGGCCACGUUGGCACCGAGGUCGAACGCGACCCCGAGCUGCGGCCCUACCUGAGAACGGCGGCGCUCAUACUCACGUGGGGCGAGAAGAGGUUCUGGGAACGGUUGAGAUACGCCAUACCGUCGUCCGCGACAACCGCGAUCAUCGCCGCCAGCACCACCACCACCACCACCGCCGUCGGCGACAUAUCCAUCGAGAGCAAGUGCUCGCCGUUGGUCUACAAGCGCAACAUCAACACCUACACGCUGGACGGCGGCGUCGGCGGCCUCGAGAAAACCGGGAUGUCGACGCUGCGCGGCGGCCAACGCGCCGCGCUCUUCAAGGACGCCUCGUCAGCGCUGAUGCUGCAACACGCGCCGCCCGCCUACUCGUGCGGCGAUGCCCCGCUUCCCCCUAUGCUGUCGCAGCAACAGCAACAACAGCAGUCGCAGCCGCCGCCGCCGCUGCCACCGUCAUCGUCGCCGGCGCAGCCCAGGUUAACCGUCAAUCACGCCUACCGGGACGCGGUGCCGGCCAAUAAUCUCGUCACGACCACCGUCGCCACCACCAACACCGCCAACUGCGGCGUUGGCGAGGACCACAGGAGACCGUUGUCCGAGCACAUCUACUCGUCCAUCGACUCGGACUACUCCACCCUCGAGAGGACCGCCUGGAGGCAGCAGCAACCGCCGCCGCCGCCGCCCCCGCCCACCUCCGGACAGGCCUACCUGGUUUAGCUCCCUACGACUGACUUCGGUGUCCCCGCGUACUCAUGGGAUCGCGGUACCAUCGACCCGACUGCGAUAACGACGAGCGCCGGUAGUGGCUCGUCUUCAAAAGGUUGUGCUGAGUCUCGUGCUCGUCCACGUGACGCACGGUCGGUGGCCUCGACAGACUGUGAACUCUCCAAGACGUUGCGCGCGUGUCGAGCCACGGACCCCCACGAGAUUCGUGUACAUAGUUCAGAGACGUCGUCGCGGAGGACGAGGGACGGAGUGUUCGCAUAUCAUAAUUGUCUUUCGAGACUUUGGGGAUGUCUGCUGCGAUAAUGAUUGGCACCGAUUGCCUUUUCUUUUCUCUUUUUGCUCAAAUUUCGAUCUUUUCUUCUGUCGUUGGAGCGCGACCGACGUUUCUUUUCCUCUUUGUUUUCUCAGAGAAGUCCUCUCUUUUUUUUUGUUAUUUCUUUCUUUGUUAUUCUGUUAUCUACUAUCCGUCUUCCUUCGCUCUGUGCGCUUGAUGUAACAAGUCUUUCGGCCUAUCCCCUUGUCGCCUACCCUCUUAUCGAGGUGCAUUUUCGGUAUAAUUACGAAUUCCUGAGGUGUCUUGCGAAAAUGCGUUUUGUUCGGGUAUACAGAAUGUCCUGGAUCCAUUUGCACACUGUUCUUGACAAAAGUAUUAACAAAACUGCGAUAAUUUUUUUAAAUUGCAUUUCUGCAGUUUUCGGACGCGCGUAUUCAAGGACGCAAGAAAAAAAAAGUUAAUUUUAAAGAGUAAGAUAAUUAGAAACAUUAAUUAGUGUUAAAAAAUUUUUAACUAAUUUAUUUUAAUGGUAAAAGGUAUUUAAUUUUCCACUCGGUGUUUGGAUUUCGCCGACGGUCCCUUUAUUUCAUUUGUGAUUGAAGGAGACUUCGUUCGGGCGAGCUUCGCUCGGAUUAUGGAUUAUCAACAAUUGCUCGUGAUCUCCCGGCUCGAAAAAUUCAUGCGAGAAUCAACCGUUAUUAAAGGCUCCGUGACUCUCUGUACACCUUCGCGAACCCUCGUUUACCUCAUCCGAUGACUUUUCAACGAGCGCCCAAAGAUCUCAAAGUUCGCGCGAUCGCGCGCGAAUCUUCAGACUGUCCCUUUCGCGGCGGCGAUUUCACCCUCGUGUAAAUACUCGCUACUUACGACGAAUCCGUGUAAAUAACGCUCUCUACCACGCAGUAUGCGUUCGUGUACGUAUGUACAUUGUACAUAUAUAUAACUGAUACGCGUCGCAUUUUCGACGUUCUCGCCGCGUAAUAGAAUCAUGAUGCUAGCUUCGACUCUGAAAUUUUUGACUAAGUAGAUGAUUUUUUGUAAUUUUAUAUGUCCGCGGGAGAGAAAGAACAAGAAAGAGAAAACGCGAGUGAGAGUGAGAGGGGGGGGAGGGGGGAGGGAGAGAUGAUUGUACGAUAUGUAAAUAUGUAUAUUGAGCAUACACUCUUUAUCGCCGCGCCUCAUGUAAGAUACAAUUCGCCGCGUGAAAGAGAGGGUAAGAAUCGAAGAGUGAGAGAAACAAAAGCGUGAGGCAUACGCUCGCGCGUCCGAUGGCGAGCAAGCCGCGCGAGCGUCUGCGCAUGUGACGUGAGAAACUUAACUGUAUACUUUCGAUUUAUUUAAAUCAUGUGAAUAAAUUUAUAAAAUAUGUUACUA